GAUGGAAAAAUUUCAAAUCAGGAAUUCAAAGAUGCUGUUAAAAAAACCUGUGUGGGAAAAAAAUAUGAAGAAUUUCCACAAGCUAUGCGAGCAUUCAUUGAAUCCAAUUUCAAAUUACUGGAUAUUGACAAUGAUGGMAUCGUUGGAAUUAAGGAAUACCGUUACAACUGCAUUACAAGGGUAGCUAUUGAUGAUGUUGCUCCCAUUGAUAAAGCGUUUGAGACUCUAUUAAAUGAUGAUGAUAAAAAACGUGGUGGUCUUUCACUGGAYCGUUACAAAGAGCUCUAUGGCCAAUUUCUUGGAAAUACAGCUGAUAAUCACUCAGCAGUGAAUCUGUUUGGGCCUUUAUAACUAUAUAAAUUAUUAUUGUCUUCGCUGUUGUUCAACUACUAUUUAUUUAAGAUUAUCGUGUAAUUACUAUGACUAUGCUUAGCUAGGUUAAAUGCAUUCAUAUCAUUUGUGUAGAAUCGUCAGAUGAACAAUUCGUUAUCUCUAAUGGUUUUUAUAGUUAGAAUAGAUAUUUGCUCUCCGAUGUUAACUCAGCAUAAUUUUUAAUUUUCUCUCAGAUGAAAGCUACUAAAAAUGUUUCUCUCUCAUAAAUUUAUAAUGUUUAAUCAAAUUGUUAUCCUGUUAUGUUUAUUACAAAAAAUAUGUUUGUGUAAAACCGAAUAAAUUGAGACGAAUUCGUAUAUUCGAGUACAGUCUGAAAAUA